UAAGGAGGAGUCAGUGCAGAAGGGAGGAAAAUAAAGUAAAUUCCCAGGCAGGGGUGAGAGUGGAAUGUGGAGGGAUCGGGGUGUGCAAAGCAUGUCAUGGAGUAGAAGACUUCCCCGGAAUGGACACAGCUGGAGCACUGACUUCUAGGAAGGAGAUCCAGCUGGUGACACCAAGACCCGAACCCGGAGUGCGAUCUGUGUCCGGAUCUGUCUGCAUGGAGGGAUCAUGUGACUUGUAUGGAUGGACAAUGGUGAUGUGAUGGGAUCCAUGGGACGAUCACUGAGAUCACUGACAGCUCCGCUAUGGCUCUGAGCAAAGGGCUCCGGAUCCUCAUCAAACAUGAUCCCUACAGUCUGCUACUGGAGUCCCGCCAUAGGGAGGACUGCCUGCUAUUCGAGUCUGGGACUGGGACCACUCUGACACCCGAUGAAAAGGAGGCAAUCAAAGGACAAUAUGAAAGGCACCAAGAAGCCUACGGAUGCUUGGGAGUACUUCAGUUGAAAUCAGGGAACUCUUAUUUGCACUUUCUUGUCUUAGUAAGUGGAUGCACCACUGUGGGAAAAAUUUUAGAUGCUGAAGUUUACAAAAUCACAGCUAUUGACUUCUGCCCACUUCAAGAAGACCCCAAAGAGGAGGAACGGGUGACCGCACUAAGGAAGUUUUUGAAUUCAGGGAUGUUUUAUUUCUCAUGGCCAAAUGCAGGAUCCAACUUUGACCUUACAGUUCGGGCUCAGAAACAAGCUGAUGACAGUGGCUGCGAGCCUGGCAACUGGUUCUUCUGGAACAGAUUGUUGCAUGUGCCUUUAAAACAUUAUCAGGUCAGCUGCUCUGACUGGUUGUUGAAGGUCAUCUGUGGUGGGGUAGAAAUCCGUACUGUCUAUGCAUCCCAUCGGAAAGCCAAAGUUUGCCUUAUCUCCCGUAUCAGCAGUGUACGUGCCGGUGCCAGGUUCCACAUCCGUGGAGUAGAUGAUGACGGACAUGUUUCUAACUUUGUUGAAACCGAGCAGACAAUAUAUUUAGAUGAUAAUGAUGUAUCAUCCUUCGUUCAGAUCAGGGGAUCUGUCCCAUUAUUCUGGGAACAACCAGGACUACAGGUCGGCUCCCAUCAUCUUAAACUCACUAGAGGACUGGAGGCCAAUGCACCAGCAUUUGACAGACACAUGAUGCUCUUAAAAGAACAGUACGGCAAGCAAGUGAUUGUCAAUCUUUUGAGGAGCAAAGCAGGAGAAGAGGUUCUAAGCCGUGCCUUUAAGAAGUUACUUUGGGCAUCUCAGCAUGCAGAGGAUGUGCCAAUGAUUAAUUUUGAUUACCAUCAGAUUGUCAAAGGAGGAAAGAUAGAGAAGUUGGAAAACUUACUGAAACCCCAGUUAAAGCUAAACUUGGAAGAGUUUGGGAUCUUUACAAAAGGAGAAAACCUAACUAAGCGGGUGCAGAAUGGGACCUUUCGAAUAAAUUGUCUAGAUUGCUUGCAUCGUACAAAUGGUGUUCAAGCCUACAUUGCACUUGAGGUGCUGCGGACCCAACUUGAGAGUCUUGGUUUAGAUGAUAUGAAGUCUGUGAUAGAGCGCUUUGAAGAGUCUUACAAAUCGAUGUGGACUGUCAAUGGUCAUAACCUGAGCAUGAUUUUUACAGGAAGCAGAGCCCUGGAGGGCAAAGCUAAGGUUGGAAAACUUAAAGAUGGGGCCCGCACUGUGUCCAGGACUAUCCAGACAAACUUCUUUGAUGGUGCAAAGCAGGAUGCUAUUGAUUUGCUGCUCAUGGGUGAUUUCUACAAUGAUGAAUAUGCAGACAAAGGGCGGAUGUUAAUGGACAGUGCUGCUCUGCUUGUAAAUCCCAGUGUGGUAAAAGCAAUGUCAGAACGGCAAUUGGAGUUUACAAAUCAUAAAAAGACUUGUGUGGCCAUGGGAACAUGGAAUGUAAAUGGUGGGAAGCAGUUCCGUAGCAACAUCCUUGGCACAAGUGAGCUAACGGACUGGCUACUUGAUGCCCCUAAGCUAUCUGGACUUCCAGAUUUCCAGGAUGAUGAAAAGAACCCUCCAGACAUCUUUGCAGUGGGAUUUGAAGAAAUGGUUGAACUGAAUGCAGGAAACAUUGUUAGUGCCAGUACAACAAAUAGAAAAAUGUGGGCUGAACAAAUCCAGAAAGCUAUAUCUCGAACAAAUCGAUACAUACUGUUGACCUUUGGACAGCUUGUCGGAGUCUGCCUCUUUAUAUUUGUAAGGCCGUAUCAUAUGCCAUUUAUCAGAGACUUGGCAGUGGACACUGUUAAGACUGGCAUGGGAGGAAAAACUGGCAACAAAGGAGCAGUAGCCAUACGUUUCCAGUUCUACAGCACAAGUUUUUGCUUUAUUUGUAGUCACUUUACUGCUGGGCAGACCCAAGUGAAAGAACGGAAUGAUGAUUACAAAGAAAUCACACAGAAGUUAAGCUUCCCUGUGGGAAGAAAUGUUUUUUCACAUGAUUAUGUAUUUUGGUGUGGAGAUUUUAAUUACCGACUGGACCUUACAUAUGAGGAGGUUUUCUACUUUAUUAAACGCCAGGACUGGAAGAAAUUGCUUGAAUUUGAUCAACUUCAGACUCAAAAAGCAAAUGGAAAGAUAUUUAAGGACUUCUAUGAAGGUACUAUCCACUUUGGACCAACUUACAAGUAUGACAUUGGAUCAGAGGCUUAUGACACAAGUGAAAAGUGUAGAACUCCAGCAUGGACGGACAGAGUAUUGUGGUGGAGAAAGAAAUUACCAUUUGAGAAAUCAGCUGGAGACGUUAAUCUUCUAGACAAUGAUUUGGAUUUCAGCCCUAAGAUCAAGCACACAUGGACUCCUGGAGCAUUGAUGUAUUAUGGUAGAGCAGAGAUUCCAGCUUCUGAUCACAGACCUGUGCUAGCAAUUGUGGAAGUGGAAGUUCAGGAGGUUGAUGUAAAUUCCAGAGACAGAGUAUUUCAGGAAAUCUCCUCCUCUCAGGGACCUCUGGAUGCCACUGUGGAAGUUCACAUUGACUCACCAACAGCUGAGGACAAAGCAGAGUUCCCCGAAGACCUUAGUACAGAGCUUGUACAGACAUUUCAGCGUUACGGCACUGUUAUACUUGUACGGGUAAUUGAGGGAAAAAUGAUGGUGACGUUUGCAGACAGCAGGACAUCUUUAAGUGUUCUUGAUCUUGAUGGUUUAAAGGUAAAUGGAAAAACAGUAAAAAUAAGACCAAAGACAGAAGAUUGGUUGCAGGGUCUGCAGGAAGAAAUUGCUCGGAAUAGAGACAGUGUAGUAUUGCUGUCACCCAAUGCCAACUCAUGUCUACUGGAGGAAACUUUUGAUUUUUCCAGUCUGGAUUAUGAAUCGGAAGGUGAUAUAUUGGAAGAUGACUCUGAUGAAGUUAUGCCUCACUAUCUAAUAACUGACAGGUCAGCAGCAAGUGAUGGCAUGUCUCUGGGGAAUGAACAGCUGCCUGCAACAUCCACAUCAUCAUCAUCAACUAAAGCUUCUUAUAUGAGUCCUAAGAAGCCGCAUUCAUUUAAAGAUGAUACAGAUUUGUUGGCCCUAAAGAAAGAACUUGAAGAUGCUGGGGAAGUACGUUCUCGGUCACCAAGUAGAUCACUGUCUGUUCCUAAUCGGCCUCGUACACGCCCACCACAAAGACCACCACCUCCAAAAAGUAACAUUCCAGGAUCCAUUCCACAACCAUUGAAGCUUCUUCCUGGAGCUCCCCAGCAUCCUCCUCAAGACAAAACUGGGAUAAGCAAACCUUACAAUGUAAAACAAAUUAAAACGACUAAUGCACAAGAAGCGGAGGAAGCUAUUAAAUGGUUAAUGGAUUCCAAAAAAGAACAACCAGAAGGGGAAGUAAAAAAUAAUCUACAUCGCAACAAAAGUUUCCAAAAAGGAGAACCUAAAUCUUUAUCUGUGAAAACAGCACAGACAAACUCCCAAGAAGCAGAAGCUGUAUUGUUACCCCACAGACCUCCCCCAAAAGUUCCAGGUCCCAAACCUGUUCCUGUACAGCGAUCUGGAGCCAAAUCAGAACCUCUACUUAAUCCAGAACAGAAGACAGAGCAACAUCAGCCAUCAAGUGAAAAAAACUCACCACAAGUACCUCCAAAAUUGGCACAUCAUGCUGGGGUUUCAGAUGGUUUAACACCUUUGAGGCCUCCACCUCGAGUACCUGCAAAACCAAAACCAGAACCAUCAGUGAAUUCAGCUGAUCUAGAAAUACUCUCAGAUAUUAUGUUAUCUGCAUCUGUUAAGAAAAUUGAGGUAUCAGGAAUAAGUGAUUCAGUUCAAUUGCAGUCUGCUGAAAAACUGGUGGUGUGUACAGAAACCCAUCCUACAAAACAAGCAGCAACUGAUGUUGAAUCUACGGGUUUGAUUACUAUACUUGAAGACCAAUCAAAAUCUGAUCUAAAUAGUUUAUCUAUUUCAACAGCACUUCUGGCAUCCAGACCAGAGGCGCAGAUGGACAAUACUUGCCCUGCAGACUUCUCAACCAAUGCAUUGAUUUCAAAAAAGGAGCACAAAGUAGAAACUGCAGACAUAAGUGAAACGCCUAAAAUAUACCCAGUACCCAAACCAAGGACAAUGCUGCCUUCUCAAACUGUAAAAACGAAAGAAGGUGAUAAAAUACUUUCACCAACAGAAAAUAGUUGCACAUCUGAGUGUAAUUCGUUAAUCCCAGCAGUGCCUCCAAGGAGAAAAAAGUCUGCUCCUGCAGCUUUCCACCUUCAGGUGUUACAAAGCAACAAAAGUUUGCUUCAGGUUGAUGUAUCUUCAAAUUCCAAUAACAACAACAACAAUCAUAAGGAAGGAUGUCUAAUAGACCUAGAUAUGGAUUUUGCUGGAACGGUAAGCACAACAGGCGACAGUAAUCCCUUAGCCAGCAACACUAAACCACUAGAGCCACAAAGAAGCUGGUCUUCUAAGGAACUGAAACUUCAAGAUUUUGAUGAUAAGAAGUUAGUUCAGUCAUCAAAUGAUCAUAUGUCUUCUGUACAGGUUACGGACGAUUGGCUAAUGAGCCAAGAUGAGGAAAAAAGUGAAAAUACUAUUUUGAAGAGCAGCUUCGAUUCUCCUUGGUAAAUGCAAAGAUGUAUUUAAUAUAAUGCUGGCCAUACUCUAUGGGAGAUCUAUACUAUAUGCGUUAUUUUGUCAUAAUAAUAGUGUGUAGGUCACAAAUAAGGAAAUGGAAAACCUCCAUACAGAUCCUGCAGGUUGGAAAAUGCUGGUACAUUCUUGUUAAUUUAUCCUUGCUGAGCAAAAAUAACUUGGUACAGCAUUUGUUAACUUAUUAUAGUUACUAUUACUAAGGACUUUUUCAAACCACACAAAACAGUGCAUAUGCAUUUUGGGUGAAAAAGCUCCUGGGUCUAAUUAUUCCCCCUAACUAAAGCCAAGUAUAGCUUUCGUCUGUUUCCUGAAUUCUGCAAUGUAAGCACUCGAUUAAAAGAACAAGUAAAUGAGCUUAGCCAUUAAGCAAUUUGUCAUAUGCAGGUCAAGUAUAACGCAUACUGUUAGGCCGCGUACACACGAUCGAUCCAAACCGAUGAGAAUGGUCCGACGGACCGUUUUCAUCGGUU